AAUCUUGUUACCUUUAUCCAUCAUAUAAACCUUAACAUUGUAACCAAAAUGAACGAACAACAAAUUCAAAAUGGCAAUUCGAAUUUUCUUCAAAUACCCACAGGAAACUUUGACGAUUCUGUGAACAUUUCACCAACAAUAAUAUCAGCUAUCAAUAAUUUAUCGAUUAAUGAAUCAGACAAUGAUGGUACUUUAGAAGAUGAACAAAGUAGGAACAAUUAUAGUCAAUAUUUAUCAGCAAGAAAUAAUACCGGAUCUACUGUCUCGUUCAAUGGUUCAACUACAACAAUAUCUCAACCGGUUGCACCAGCAGAAUUAUUACGUGCUGUUGUUAUAAAUCGCCCAACUGCACAAAUGAUCGAAACCUUUCGGUUCUCAAAACCAAAGGUCGAAAUGACUGAACAAGAAGUAAUCGAUUUUGUUAUGAAUCCAGUCCCACAAGGGCAAAAAGUUCUUUGUAAGAUAACUAGAAGUAAAGAGGGAUUUGGAAAACUUUAUCCACAAUAUGAGCUUUACAUUGAGGAACCGAUUGAGAAUGAUGAACCUAGAAGAACAUUUCUUCUUGCAGCAAAAAAGAAGAAAAAUAGUAAAAAUUCACAUUAUGUUAUUACAACUGCACGACUUGACUCCGUUUCAUCGAAAAAAAUCGUUGGGAAAGUCAGAUCAAAUUUUUUGGGUACAGCUUUUGUUAUGUAUUCAAACGGACGAAGUCCGUUUAAACGUGAACCAGAAUUAGCAGAUAUGCAAAUUAGAGAAGAAUUAGGUGCCGUAGUUUACGAUCCAAAUAUUCUUGGAUUUAAAGGUCCACGUAAAAUGACCGUAUUAUUACUAGGCAUGACCAGAAAUGGAGAAAGACCAGAAUUUAGACCUACUACCGAAUCACAAACUUUGAUUGGAAAAUUUAGGAGUGGGGAUCAUCGAGAUAUAUUAAUCUUACAUAAUAAGUCACCGCAGUGGAACGAAG